AAUGACGUAAAGGGUUACGACAAAAACAACCACAUGUGAGAAUUCCAGCGCGAGGAGCCGACAUUUAUCUAUUUCAAUUUUCGUGAAGGGACCGAGGGGUGUACGGCAUGGAUAAACGGGGCCACUACCCUUCACCGAACUUCGAAUGCCCUCCGCCGAACUCCAUACAACUGACAUGGCCGCAGCAACAGCAGCAGCAGCCGCCUCGCACAAGCAGUUUCCAUCACAGCAUGUGGACUUGGAACGAGGGACCCUCCGAGUCCGGCUGGUGGAACCAUGGGGCGGCGUCGGGGAACACUCAGUAUUCAUAUGGACAGAGUUCUGGUCAUGAAUGGUAUCAAGCUGGCUAUCAAGGUUACAAGCCAACAGGGAACCAUGGGAAAAGGCAUCAAAACAAGAGAGAACCUGAGUUUUUGCAUUUUUGUGACACCUGUGACCGAGGUUUCAAAAACCAGGAGAAGUAUGAGGAGCACGUAGCUCAACACGUCAAGUGUUCUGUACCCGACUGCAGUUUCACGGCUCAUGAAAAAAUAGUCAGCAUCCAUUGGAGAAAUACACAUGCACCAGGAAAGAAAAGAAUCAAACUGGACACCCCUGAAGAGAUUGCAAAGUGGAGAGAGGAAAGACGCAGGAACUACCCAACUGCGGAUAAUGUGGAAAGAAAAAAAAAACUGAUGGCAGGCCGAGAACAGACUGGAGCGGUUCUGGAGACGGCUCAGUUUGGACGAAUGAGAGGCAGAGGACGUCGGCAAUGGCGUGGAAGAGGUCAUCAAGGGUUCCGGGGGCAGCAGCCCCCAAGUCCUUUAGAUAGCGGCGCUGCAGCCGAUAGACCCCCACCCCUCACACGGCCUGGCCAGGAUAGCGAUCCACUGGGAGCGUUGGCCAAAAGUGACAAUGAUUCUGACAAAGACGAUGCAGCAACUGACUCCAGGGGCCCUGGUCUCGUUGUGGCCCCGAAGCAGAUGAGCUCAGCUCUGGGGUCCCUUGUGGCCAACUACGGCUCCUUGAGCGAGAGUGAAAGUGAUGAUGGAGCACACGUAUCCACAAUGCAAAGAACCGCAGAACUGCUCCAAGAAAACAAGGUUUUGCUAAAGCAGGACGCACAACCUUCCAGUAUCUCCCACAGCUGGUCUGCUCGUAAUAGUCCCAACAACCCAAGAGGACGAGGAGGCAGAGGAGGUCGAGGAGGAAGGCACGGCCGAGGCGGACACAAUGAUAUGUUGCAGAAACGACGACCCACUCUCCUUGAGAUGCUCCUCGCCCCCGAUAUCCGCCACGAGAGGAACAUCCUCCUGCAGUGUGUUCGAUACGUAGUCCAAAGCAACUUCUUUAAGACCAAAGUCCAACCUGAAGUAAAGCCGGGGACUGACACAAGGCAGGAAGUUACGAAUGGAAAGCCAUCAGAGGAAGUCAGGACUUUGUCUGCCUCUUCGGUUGCUGGUGAGAGAUGUCUGUGAACGGUGUGGCCACAUUUCACAGAGCCGCCACUAGUCCAGGAGUCCAAGACAUGGAAAUUAGCGCAGAAGAGAGCCCAGAAAUAAACAUUACUGUUAACCGCUGCUUGCCGGAGAAUGCGCUGGCUCACUUUAGUCACCCAUUUUCCCCUUGACUGGCGUGUUAUAGACUUUCAAGCGACAAAGCGAGUGACCGAGCUGGCUCUGGACGACAACAAGAUGGCCAAACUGGCCUCGGUUCACCAUGUGACCAAUCAGUGAACGUGCUGGUCGUGAACCACAAAAAGCCAGUGAUGGACCAUCAGAUGGAAAAGUGGUCCAUGGUGACCAGAUUGCUUGUGGGUAACCACCGAGUGACCAAGCGGGUUGUAGAGGUUGACAACUACUAGAUCCCAAAACAGCCAUCAUUUAACUGCACGCCAUGAAAGUGUACAUUUAUAGUGAUGAAAUAUGGCAAAUUUAUUUUUAUGGAUUAGUGGAGCAAUUCAGACUUACAGUAUUUUCCUUAAUUUCAAUCAUCAUUUUGUCUGAUUUAUAUUUUGGAAAGUACAUCAAUUAAUGUAUUAUCUUUUUCUCCAAAAAUAAAUGUUUUCAGAUCCAAACAA